AUGGUCGCCACCACCAGGAUCCACCGCCUCACCUCGGCCGGGCUCACUCUCGAGAUGAUUGGGGCUGACUUCAUCCGCCGCCGGAUUGCCCCGCUGCACAAUAAGGGGAGGCCGGCCUGGGACUUCAGGAACGCGGUCGACGUCAUGAGGCUCCGCCUCGGUCUGAACCACAACUUCACGGUGUUGCAGCACGCCCACCUCUGCCAAAGGCUUUUUCAGCUCAAGGUCAAUGAGGCUGGCAGGGUCGAGAGGAACGGCAAGGCCGAGAAGGCCGGCAAGGCCGUCAAGCCACUGCUCAUCUGUGACACCACUCGGGAAGAGCUGGCGUACAUUGCCGCCAGGGCGGAGGAGGCGGCACUUGCUAAGGAGGCCGACAGCGUCGGCGCCAUCAAGGACGAGGCCGACACGGCCGCAGAAGAGAAGGAGCUCACCGAGUGGGCGGGAUCUGCCGGGGAAGCCAGCGGCGCCGACGCCGGGGCACCCCUUGUUGAAGACGUGGCCGAGGAGUCAUCCGAAGAGGAGACCGAGGCGGAUGACUCCUCGGCCCCAGGGAGGAGACGCAUCCUGCGGCGGGCUAGCUCUGGCGAGCCGGACCCAUCCCCUUCUCCUCCUCCUUUGGAUGGCACCCCGGAGGCCGACUUCGACCUCGGGUCCUUCAGCCCGAAGAGGAAGAGGAGGCCAGAGGAGGAGGACGAGGACACGGAGACGCUGGCCCAGAAGGCGGCGAAGAGGGCCAAGGCUUCAACGGGCGACAAGCCCCCUGCAAGCACUCCGCGCACGCCGAUGGUGGUGGAGAUCAGCCCGAACAAUAGCCCUCGACACAGCCCCCGCUUCAGCCCCCAGCGAGGAGAGUGGCAACAAGAGGAGCCGCUGAGGGCCGCCCCCGAGACGCCACCCCCAUCGACCACGCCGCCCAGAGGGGCGUCCCCGGCAAGGGCAUCUAUCGCCGAGCCCACGCGCACGGGGGAAGAGGAGGCGGGCUUGGGUGUCGGCGGCUCCGUCCCGGCCAUGAACAUUGGCGGGGAGGGAACCGCUUCUUCUCAGCUUGGCACGGACCCUCCUUCGACGGACCAGGAAGAUAUCGACAUCGUCAUCGACGAGGUCGCCAAGGAUGCCGAAGCCGAGGCCGCCAAGAUCGCGGCUGGGGAAGCCGCCAAGUCUACCGCCGAGGAGGCCGCCAAGGGGCUUGCCGGCGACGCUACUGUCGGGGAUGCCGGCAAGGGACCUGCCAGGGAGUCCGGCGAGGCCGCUGCCGAGGAGGCGCUCCACCGUGCCCGCCAAGACAAAGUGAAAUCCAGGAUGGCGGCGGUGGACAAGGCGGAGGCAAAUUUUGAGGAGCGCAUCGCUCAGACGUAG